AUGGGCGAAUUUGCUUUUGAACGUUACGAAUUUGGUUUUGUACGUUAUGCUUUGGCUUUUGAUCCUUCCAAAUCGCCUCAUUACAAGGUGGUCUGCGUGACUAACUUCAAUGAUCAUGUUAGAAUUUGUGGCUUUGAUACCACUGUUGGAAUUUGGUGCGGAAGCUUUGAUCAUUAUGAUGGGGGGCACCACGAGAUAGACAUAUAUUCAUCAGAGACUGGAAAGUGGAAGCAUCUUGAUACUCCUUUCUUCCCCAGCCCCUCUGACGAGGGCGCAAACCAUGAUUGCAAGGAGAUGGCCAUGCACUUUGACUACAGGAGCAGGAAAGGCAUUGUAUACUGCAAUGCCGCAGUUCAUUGGAUAAGAGGCAGUCGUGAAGCAAGAUUGCCAUUCUGCACAUUUGGGGAUGGUAGGAAUGAGUUCAUAAGAAACGAAAGUGAUGUGCUGCACUACUUUGACGUAGGCGAAGAACGUUUGCUGCUAGCCUCCGCUACCCCUCCUGUCCCCUUGGUUGUCAAAAAAAUUCCAUUAAUUUCCUCCCCUAGCCCUCAUUAUUCCUUUAAGUCUCCCUCUGAGUAUCCCAGAUUGGCUCGUAGAUAUUUUGGGGAGUGCUGUGGCCGUUUGUACUUGAUUGAGACUUACCAGCAUUGUAGCACUGAAUUUGAGGUCAUGGAGAUGGAGAAAGACUACUCUGGCUGGUUUGUCAAGUAUAAUGUUGAUCUGAGCCCAGUAUUAACAGCUCUUCCUAGACAGGAUUGGAAUGCUUUUGUUAUCUUGUGCCUUUCUCAGGAGGAGGAAACCUCCCUAGAAAGGCAUGAUGAGGUUGAGGAUUCUUCAACUGUUUUGUUGUUGCAUAUUCCUAGUAAGGUCAUAUCUUAUAAUCUUAGGAAUAAGACAUUCAAGACAUCGGUUGAGUUAGCCAACAAGGAACUUUUUCUAGGUUUUGAAAAUCGUAGGGAAGACGAUGUUAACUAUCCUUACGUGAAGUCUUCAGCUUGUGUAUAA